UUGAUUAUUUUGGGUUUGUCAGUUACCGAACUGGAGGUGGGUUGUGUCACGAGCCUGAACGUUGGCUACAGAUGGAUACUUCUAUUGAAAGGUUGAAGUCUUGUUGAUUCUGGAAAACUAGUCUUAACUUAUUUGACGGUUAAAUCUUUGUUUUGUUGUGGUCAUUUCAAUUGGUUUCAAAGAUUGUCUGUUUGGCUAUUUUCCAAAGGGAAAUGUGGAGUGUGUGAUUCUGGUUUUAUUUUUUGAUCUUGAUUCCUUGCCUCAAAACCUCAAAUUACUAUCGUUUUUUGUAAGUGCCACAUUUCUCGUCUAACAAAAGACUUAUUGAACACAAAUAACAUGCCUUACUCUACAGCUCUAAAGCCACAUGAGGUCACAACAAAGAUAUCUCAUUUGUUGCAAUAUAUAAACUGAACCUCCUAACUGAAAUUUCUGAACUCUGCAUUUUAAUAUUUGUCUACAACCAUCUAAUUGUAAACUAAAAGGUUAAAUUCUGUUAAGAAUGGUGACAUGGAGUUUUUUUUUUUAAACAUUUCUCUAACACCAUUAUCUUUCAAGACCAAACAGGUAAUCUUCCAAAUUCAUAUUUAAUUGAGUGCUUUGCCUAACGUUUUACACAUUUAUCCCUUUUGCCCUUAAGUUUAAGGAAAAGAAUAGAGCUGGCACAUCCAGCUCCCAGCCAAACGCAGUGAUGUUAAGAUUUGGAACUACUUGAAAGCCCAUUGAGAAGUGUUUGUUUUCUAUGCUGUAAACGUAACAUUGUCUUGUUUAUCUCCUUCACUGCUGGAUGUCACUUUGCUUCCUGCUUAGGGUUGUGGGUGAGUACAUAUAUUAUGGUCUCCCAUGUAUUCUCUUUCUACUCCAUUUGUUCUUUGUAACCCAUAUUCCAAGUGUGUUGGGCUCAACCAGUGCCUGUGCUGUCCUUGCCUCCCCAGUGUGGUGGAGUUCAAAGACGAGGAGUUUGUGAAGAAGGCUGUGGACACCAUGAAUAAGCAUGACCUGAGUGGUAGGCCACUCAACAUCAAGGAGGACCCGGACGGUGAGCAUGCCCGCCGGGUGCUGCAGCGCAUGGGGGGCAUGAUGCCGGGUAGCCGUGGGCCCGAAGGAGGCCCAGGCGGGAUGAAUCUGCCUCCCUCCCUCGCCAACAGCCUCAACAUACCACCGGACAUCCUCAACGCCAUGCAGGCCGGUCGGCUGGGCACCACGGUGUUUGUGGCUAAUCUGGACUUCAAGGUGGGCUGGAAGAAGCUGAAGGAGGUGUUCGCCAUGGCGGGUGUAGUGAAGCGGGCCGACGUGAAGGAGGACAAGGACGGAAAGAGCAGGGGAAUGGGAACGGUCACCUUUGAGCAGCCGCUGGAGGCCGUGCAAGCUAUAUCCAUGUUCAACGGACAGAUGCUGUUUGACAGACAGAUGCACGUCAAAAUGGAUGAGAAGUCACUACCGAUUGAAGACUUCCGUCAAGUGGAAAAAGCACCUCUGUUGCCACGGGGUCUUGGGGGCAUUGGGAUGGGCCUGGGACCAGGUGGGCAGCCUAUCAAUGCAAACACUGUUGGUGGAGGUGGAGGUGGAGGCAUGGGCUCCAUGGGGCCUGGAGGUAUGGACGGUCCUGGGUUCAGCGGUAUGAACAGACUGGGCGGAGGAAUGGGUGGUGGUGGUGGUGGAGGCUUCGGGGGCAUGGAUAAUAUGGGCAACAUGGGACAUGGCAUGACACCCAUGGGCCGAAUGGGAGGAAUGGGUGGUAUGGACUUUGGACGCAAUGACAUGCAGAUGAACCAGGGAUUCGGGAAUUCCUUUGGAACAAUGGGUGGUUAUGGUGGAGGCAUGGGGAAUGCAGGCAUGGGUCAAAUGGGCACUGGAAUAGGUGGUGGGAUGGGCAACAUGGCCAUGGGCUCUGGUGUUAACCGCAUGGGCAUGGCUGGGAUGGACAUGAGCCGGGGCUUCGGGGGCUUCGGAGGGGCCGGCCGGGGCGGAGCACACAUGGGCGGAGCCAUGUCCGACCGCGUCUCCGGGGCCAAGGGAGGCUGUGUGAUAUUUGUGAGAAAUCUCUCCUAUGACCUCAAUUGGCAGAAGCUGAAAGAGAGCUUCAGCCACUGUGGCCAGGUGAUGUUCGCAGACGUCAAGAUGGAGAACGGCCGGUCCAAAGGCUGCGGCACAGUGAGGUUCGACUCCCCGGAGGGCGCAGAGCAGGCCUGCAGGAUGAUGAAUGGAACCAAAAUCAACGGCCGAGAGGUGGACGUCCGCAUAGACCGCAACGUCUAGACGCCACGAUUACACAACCCCCCCCUCCCCCCCACGGCAGCGACACAGGGUCCUUGCUCGCCAAAUCUUUUUCGUUUUGUUUUAGAAACACUUUUAAUUCCAUAUUUUCAUGUCUACCCUGUCACAACAUGUUGGUUGUUAAUUAAAUCUGUUUGUUCUUUAUUUUAUCUUUUUUGUAAACCCCCCCAUUUUCUUUCCGGUAGUUUGGUUGAAUAAAGAAACUUUUUAAUUUUUAAGUCUGCCUAUUGUCUACCUACUUGUAUAAAUAAAGUGUUUUGGGACGAUUCCAUUGAACAUACAAUUUAUUGCCUACCCUGCAAUACGACAUUGGCAUAGUUAUAUAUUUGGUUAAUUUUUGAUUAAAGAGGUAAACAAUUUAAAUCAAGUUUAAAUAUUUUAUUUCCUGAGUUUGGUCAUUAAAUUUAAGGUUAAUUUAACUGACCUUAUGCCACUGCUUCAAACACGCAUUUCAUGGUCAUGUCCAAGUCUUCAGCAUUCAUAUGAACAGCCAUGGUACCCCAGAAGGUAUUUCAGAACGUGUAUUAACAGUUGGUGUGUGCUGGUUCUUGGCAAUCAUAGAAAACACUUUAAACAAGACCAGUGGGGAUGAGGGACCAUUCGUUGUAGUAGACGACCCUCUGCCUUCAACAACAGCUUGAAGCUUACUUUGGUUCUAUGAGGUAUCAAUCGAUAGAGUUCAGCUCAUGCGGGGUGUUUCACAUAUCAGUCGCUGCACAGUCGGAUUGGGUUAUUCCCGAUGAUUCCCAGUUCAUACAGGAUUGCCACAGUUGCAAACACGAUGUAGCAGAAGAGGGAUACUAUGCCAAGCUUCCAGUCUAGCUUCCAUCCAUUGAUAUGGACUGCUACAAAGAGGAAGACUAUGGACAGUAGAAGUGUGAAGGAAAUGAAGAGCAGCCCCGUGCUGUUGACCUCCACAGGGUUUUCGGUGUCCACAAAUGCUGUUUUAAUGAACCAGGGCAGGCCCAGGCAUAGCAUGUCGAACACAUUGGAGC